CUUGGCUUAAGGGGAUUAUUUCUACCCGAGCGAAUGUGACCUCUAAAGUUGGAUGGACAUACACGAACCAUGUUGAAACACACGAUGGAGCCACAGCUACGUUCAUUGAUGGCACUGCCGCAACGCGUACAGACCGAACUCGCUAUCUCGUGGGCUGUGAUGGUGGCAGCAGCAGAGUCAGGAAAUUUGCCGGAAUUAUAAUGCCUGGAGGUCAGAUUCCCGUACGCUUCUACCUGGUUCACUUCCGAUCCACAGAGCUAGCUCAGAAACUGCAUUUCGGACAUUUCUGGCACGCGUUUCCAGUCGCCACCGGGUUUCUCAUUGACCAGGACGAGAAGGAUACCUUUACAGCACACUAUCCCCUCCCUGCUGGUAUCACCGAGCCUAUGGACCCACGUGAAAUCGUCUAUAAGAUGCUGGGUGGGUGUCUUGGUAAGUGGCAAUUCAAGAUCGACGAAGUCCUCAUGUAUAAUUUUAUAUUGAUUUAAUAUUUUUAUAUUCGCUAGCAUAUCAG